AUGCUGACUUCGUGGUGGUCCGCGCCGGCCCCCGCGCCAGAACCCAAACCCUCUGACGAUGCUCGAAGCGAUAUCUCCAAUGAGGACAAUACUGAAGAAGUCGACCCUGAUCAGGGAAAUGUUCUCUCGCAUAUAAUUGCCCACCUCCGGCCCGGCGCCGAUUUGAGCCGGGUCGUGCUGCCAACCUUUAUCCUCGAACCCCGGAGCAUGCUCGAGCGGAUCACAAAUUUUAUGUGCCAUCCCGAGAUGCUUCUGCCCAUUCCUGAGAUUGAGGACCCGGUCGAGAGAUUUGUUGCCGUUGUCAAGUUCUACCUCAGUGGAUGGCACAUUCGUCCGCCUGGAGUCAAGAAACCAUUAAAUCCCAUUCUCGGCGAGAUUUUCACCUGUUAUUGGGACCUCCCCGACGGCAAGAGAGCUUACUACGUAUCCGAGCAAACGUCGCACCAUCCGCCCAAGUCGUCCUACUUCUACAUGGCCCCCGACCACAAUAUCCGUGUCGAUGGAACUUUGAAACCUAGGAGUAGAUUCCUAGGGAACUCUGCUGCUAGUAUGAUGGAGGGAAUAGCGUUCCUGACCUUGUUGAAUCGCGGCAAGGACCCAGCCAAGGGCGAGAGAUACCUCCUCACACAACCAAACAUGUACGCACGCGGCAUCCUUUUCGGAAAGAUGAAGUACGAGCUUGGCGAUCAGAGUUUUGUCCGCUGCCCCGAACUCGACCUCGUUGCUGAGAUCGACUUCAAGACCAAGGGCUGGGUUAGCGGGACGUACAAUGCUAUCGGCGGUGCGAUCAAACAGGAAAGCACAGGCGAGAUUCUCUAUGAGCUCUCUGGUCUAUGGAACGAGGAGAUGUACAUAACUGAUGUGCGGACUGGCCAACAAGAAAUGUUCUUUAACGGACGCAAAUCGAAAUCCACUCCCCCGCUCGUACGGCCGAUCGAGGAUCAGGAAGAGAGGGAGUCCCAGAGACUCUGGCAAAAGGUUGUGCAAGCCGUGAAGGACCGAGACCACGAAGUUGCGACAGACGAAAAGACCCUAGUCGAGGACCGCCAGAGGCAAGAGGCUGCCUUGAGGGCGGCAGACGGUGUUGAGUGGACACCAAGGCUCUUUAGGAGAGUGCGCGGCGGCCCCGGGGGUAGUGAGGAGGGAGAAGAAGAUCUGGAGUGGAUUAUCAAUGCGCACAUUGAUCACCGCCAGUCUCCAGAGAGGAUCUCUGAACAAAUCAAGGCAAUAUACCCCAUUGUUGACGGCCAGAAGCCAGAUUCCUCCAACGCCAUUCCUCCGCGCACCCCGGAUGUUCGGUCCCCAGAUGGAGACGUACCCAACCAUACAACUAAAAGGGCACCUCCAGCGGCCGAGGAGGGUGACUUGAUCGACCUCGGACCCGACUGUGAAGCCACCGCAGGCGUCAAUGGAACUGCCACGGGCGGCACGGAUACACCACGACCAGCUGUAUAG